AACUACCACCUCACAGUUUCUAUCUUUCACAUUCAGACUCUGGAAAGGGGCAGCCAGCAGGACCCUCCGCAGUUCCUCCCUCAGCCUCUACCCUUUUUGGGUCCUCUUAGAUCAAGACUGAAAACUCUGCCACUUUGCCAAUUUCUUGACUCCACCAAGUGAAUUCUUGAUAAUUAGAGCUAUGGCACCUAGACCUCCUCCACCCCCUGUUCCAAACCCAGAUAAUCCUCAUUGGGUGGGAGCAAUCGAGGCGAUGAUAACAGCCCUACAACAGCAGAACGCUAACAUGGUGAAUCAGCAGAAUCUAGCCUUGCAGCAGAUGGAGUCUGCAAGACUAGCAGCAGAAGCAGCCCAGCAAAGGCACAUGGAAGCUCUACAUCAGAUAGGAGAAAGCCGUGCAGCCGCUGGUACUUCCCAAGCUUCACUGCCCCGAGUGCAAGAGUGGAGUUUGGAGGAUUUCCUACAACACCAUCCAUCCCGCUUUGAUGGCAAGGUUAGCCCGGAUGGAGCUGACCAGUGGAUGCGGGACAUGGAACGAAUCUAUGAUGCUAAAAGAUGUCCUGCAGAGAACAGGCUUGCUUACACUGAGUACCUUCUUGCUGGAGAGGCCGUGCAUUGGUGGUCCAGCAUGAAGAUGAUGUUGGAGGACAGCCACGAGACCAUCACAUGGGAACUGUUCAAGAAGAAGUUCUAUGCUGAAUUCUUCCCAGAUAGUGUGAGGUAUGCGAAGGAGAUUGAGUUCUUGCAGCUGGUGCAAGGAGAUAUGUCAGUGUCGGAGUACGCUGAAAAGUUUAAACACUUGGGUAGAUUUCACACCCUGAAGAUGGCAGAAGACUGGCAGUGCAGAAAGUUUGAAAAUGGAUUGAGGGGUGACCUCAAGCUCAUGGUGGCCCCGCUUUCUAUCAAGGAAUUCCCUGCCUUGGUAGAAAAGGCAAGAGUGAUGGAGAAGCUUAAGGCUGAAGUUGAAGAUCAGCAGAAGUCUCAGCCGAAGGUGGGAGGACCAUCUGGGUCCACGAACAGACAUGAUGACCGAAGGAAGCCAUACUCUAGGCCUCAACCCCAAGGGCCCAGGAGAUUCCCGCAUCAGCCCCAGCAGUCACAGCCUUUUAGGCCACAGUGUUUCCACUGUAGGGGGCCCCAUCUGAGGAGCGCCUGCCCCCAGCUUCCUGAUAGGAGGACAUGCCAUAGAUGCGGCCAGGUGGGCCACUUCAUCAAGGAUUGCCCAGUUGAUCGGAACACGGUGUCGAGGCCUUCAUCACAGCCCCAGUCACAACCGUCGAGGGGAGGUGCGAGACCACAGGCAGUGGGCAGAGUGUAUGCUGUGACGGGUGCAGAGGCAGCUGGAUCAGGUAACCUUAUCAUCGGGUCUUGUGUGAUAGCUGGUGAGCUUGCAUGUUCUGUUUGAUUCGGGGGCGACACAUUCUUUUGUGUCGGAGUCUAGAGUAGUGGAGUCGGGUCUUCCGGUGAAGGAGCUCCAGUAUGACCUGGUGGUGUCCA